UCAAUUUGAAAACGUUUGGCAAGACAUUAGCAUUUUUAGCCAGUGCUAGCUAACGCCGACGGCCGCGAACUCCCUUGAAAACAUUUUGGUUGAUUGAGAAAGACCUGGCCACUUACCAGUCCAUCUGUUAACUUGAUACGAGCUUCACAUAAUAUAGCUGUGGGGAUCCAGAUGUAUUUUGAAGCUAACUACUGGUUAGCUAGCCAUUUGUUUGAGCUGGCUAAACGUUGACGUUACUCGGCGAUUUUCACAAAUUCACAUAAAACAGGCAUCUCCACGAUUAACAGAAAUAUCUGAACAGGAUGGAUGGGGAAGAGAGAACCUACGGCGGCUGUGAAGGGCCAGAUGCCAUGUAUGUAAAGUUGAUCUCUUCGGAUGGCCAUGAGUUUAUUGUGAAAAGAGAACACGCCUUGACAUCUGGGACCAUCAAAGCCAUGUUAAGCGGGCCAGGUCAGUUUGCUGAGAACGAAACCAACGAAGUGAACUUCAGGGAGAUUCCGUCUCACGUCCUGUCCAAGGUCUGCAUGUACUUCACCUACAAAGUCCGCUACACCAACAGCUCCACAGAAAUACCCGAAUUCCCCAUCGCUCCGGAGAUCGCACUGGAACUGCUCAUGGCUGCAAACUUUUUGGAUUGCUAAAGUUAUGGAGAUAAUGUAGCAGCUUACAACACUUUUAGAUUUUUUUUUGAAUAUUUAAAUUGUUUUUGCCAUUUACAUCACAUGAAACUUUUUUCAUUUUGCACCUGGCUUUUUCUGUCAUAAUUUUAAUAGUAUUAAAGCAUUUAAUUUUAAUGUUAUAAAUGGAUAUGGCAGGCUUCAUUACUUGCCCCAGAAUGUGACAAAUGUUCCCCUGCCCCAUACAUAUUUCCUCACCUCUCCAGCUGAAUAAAAACCUGUUUGGUGAGCACUU